AUGACGUCGCUAUUUGCAGAGUUCAAGAAGGCUCAGUCUACGGGCUCAGGCGAGGCGCUGGCGGCAACGCUGAACCCCGUCGACAUACCGCGUCUGCGGGCGUUCUACAAUACCACCAACAGCCUCAGCGUCGCCUCAGAUAUCAGGUACGGCCUCCUUCAGGACCGAGUGACGGGAACAAAGCUGCCCAAGCAGGAAGGCAAUGCCUGGGUCGACAUAUACAUUGCCUUCUGGAAAGCUGCCGGAGAGCUGGUAAAGCUCGAUGACCCCAACUUCACCCUGAGUGGCAGGGGAACCUGGACGGCUCUCUUUGGCCACUGGAAGGACAUUGCAGUCCUGCUGAAUACAAACUACUCGAGUUCCACCCUGGAAGCCUGGACUCUGCCUGUUUUAUACGUGGUUGGCAAGUAUCUGCGGAUAUUCGCGAUCAAGGCCGAUGCAGAGGCCGCGCAGGAUCCCACCUCUACUUUUAACGAUGGAUUCCAAGACGACAUUGUUGGAGACGUGAGCAAGAAUGCAAAGCUGGAAGAGACUUCACGGAUAAUCAGCAGAAUGUACACUGUGUGUCUCCAUGACAGGUAUGCAUUAGAUGUUGUUCGUCUUAUUGUCCUUCCAUCGUCUGGUUGUAUUCUGAGUUUUCUCUUUGUAUCUAAUAGGGCCCCUAUCGAAGAAUCUCGUAAAUGGGGAGUUUAUAACACCAUCAAUCUUGCGUUUAAGACGUACUUCAAGCUGGGCUCCAUACCACCUUGUAGGAACUUGCUCUCCGCAAUGAAAGCAUCCCAGGCCGAACUACCGCCCAUGGAAUCCUUUCCUAAGUCUCACAUCGUCACCUUCAAGUACUAUCUCGGUGUCAUCUGCUUCCUAGAAGAAGGUUAUGUAGAGCUGCCUGGGAACUUUGCCGCGCGGAUUCACAUCGAAACAGAGAAAAGACUGUUUGGCCCACUCAGCAAAUGUAUCCGUAAAGGAGACCUGGCUGGUGUCGAUGCAGCUAUGGCCGGCAGUGAAAACGAAUUUGUCAAGCGACGGAUCUACCUCCCCAUUGAACGAGGUCGGGAUCUCGCUAUUAGAAACUUAUUUAGAAAAGUAUUCAUUGCCGGUGGGUAUGAUCCGCCAGUAAACGGUCAACCACCCAUCAGACGGACGAGAGUCCCAGUCAAAGAGUUCGCAGCUGCAAUGAGACUAGGCACAGGAAACACGCAGCAGAAAUCCAAGGUGGACUUGGAUGAAGUUGAGUGCUAUCUCUCAAAUAUGAUUUACAAGAACCUUAUGAAGGGAUACAUCGCCCGUGAGCGAGGAAUAGUGGUGUUAAGUAAGGGUGGCACAGCAUUCCCUGGCACUGGCGUAUAG